AUGCCCCGCACGACUCGACGGAGCAGAGCUAGGCACCGCUCAGCAUGCAGUGCCACAAGCCAAGCAGUCCCCCAGGAUAGUGCUGACAAUCCACAGCAGCAGCAGCAGCAGCAGCAGCAGCAGCAGCAGCAGCAGCAGCAGCAACAACAACAGCAGCCACGGCAGCAGCAGCAGCAGGCUGCAAGUUCUGCCUGGUCUCUGGCCAGGGCUCUUCCCGGAGAGAGCACUGUUGCCAAGAUUCGACAGGACUACGUAGGAGAGUGGCUGACAGUGUGCACGAUUACAUGCAAGCAGCGGCCACUGGGAAAUGCAGCACAAGAGCGGCGCCGCCAAGCAGUACAAGUCAACUCGCAACAUACAGACACACAAGAUGACACACAUACAGACACACAAGAUGACACACAAGCAGCUUCACCACGAGCCAUGCAAGCGGCUUCACCCCUAGCUGAGCAAGGAGAUGACCUGCAAGGAGAAGCACGCCAAGAAGGAGGACGCCAAGAGGAAGAAGAGCACGCAGAAGAGAAUGCAAGUAAUCAAGGUGUAGAGUGUGACACUGGCACAGAGGCUGAGCUGAUUGUCAGUGAUGAGUCAAGGCCGGAUAGUGAACAGCCUGUGCCAAUCAUACCGCAACUGUCUGCAGGAUCAACGUAUAAUCUAUCAACAGACACCAGCACAUCCUCGACACCAAUGCAAGGGAGGUCUGCACUUGGUGAAGCCAACACCAGUACAGUGGCAAGAGCUACGCAAACGCAGCUGAAUGGCAAUGGCCAUAUAUCAUCACUACACACACUGCCCGAGUCCAAUAUCACACGAGAUAACAAUCACCGAGCCCGCAGUCCCGCAAACCCUCCAGUUGCUCAGGAGUACUAUUCAAUGGCAGAUCUACUGGCCAGCGGUGGCGGCGGCAACAGGCAGGGCGAACUUGAGCUACAGGCAGUACCAGUGAUGACUGGUACUCGCAGCCAGGGUGGACAAGAGACAUUGCCAGUGAUGACUGGUACUCGCAGCCAGGGUGGACAAGAGACAUUGCCAGUGAUGACUGGUACUCGCAGCCAGGGUGGACAAGAGACAUUGCCAGUGAUGACUGGUACUCGCAGCCAGGGUGGACAAGAGACAUUGCCAGUGAUGACUUGUACUCGCAGCCAGGGUGAACUUGAGCAACAGACAUUCCCAGAUAUCACUGGUGCUCGAGCAAUGACCAAGCCGGACUCGCUCACUGUUCACUCACUCUCCUUGGAAGACAAGGUUGCUGUCAGAGUGCAAGACACAGAAAGCCAGCAGUCACCAGGCAGUUUAUCCACAGCAAUGACCGCCAGUAACAAUACAUCAGUAUUGCCGGGCACACCUGACUCAGUGUCGACAUCGUACUCAUUGGAAACACAGGCGACGACACGCGUCGCAGCAAUGGGCGCCAGAUGCGGCGAGGCAUUGCUGCCACCAUUAGCAGCGCCAUCAGCAACAGCAGCAGUAGGAGCAGCAGCAGCAGGGGCACACUACACACAAAUGCCCUACUCUCCGGACGGAAUGCAGGUGAUGGACAUGGGUCCUGCCAUGCACAUGCCAAACCAGCAUUGCAUCUACCCAAUGACACCAGCACCUAUUCCAGCGCCACAGCCGCCACCGCCGCCAGGAGCAGCAGAAGGCCAUGGUCAAAUGUGGAUGGGAAUGAGCGGUGAGCUACCGUCACACCUCAUACCGCCCAGCGCACAUCACUACAUGCCCGUCGUGCAGUCACAGUUCGAACACUACCCAAUGGGGCUGGCAGUUGCAGCAGCAGCAGCACCACCGCCGCCACCACCUCCAGCACAACAGGCAAUGUCACAGCCAGCAGCACAGCACGACGGUGGCCGAGUAAUUGCAGACUUCUUCGGAGGCGACAUGCUUGAGCUGAAACAGGCCUGCACUCCAGACGCAGCAGGCAAGAACGCGCCAGCCCACACAGUCUACAAACAUUAUUACGCAAUUGCUGUGAACAAGACUGAGCUUGUCUAUGAAAUGUGUCUCGACGAAUGGAGGCCACUGAAGCCGCAGAACAAUGCACUACAGAACCAAUUACAAUGGCUACAUCAAAACCGGUACCAGUGCCAACCUGAAGGCUGUACGGUAUUCAAAACCAGCCUGCAGAACUUACUACAAGGCUGCACACUUCUAAGAAUAGUACCACUGGGACCAGGUCCGGAGAGCGCAGCUAGCGCUAGCCAACGGGCAAUCAAUGCAUUCAACGCCUCCACCCACUCUUGCACAUUUGGCAAAACUAGUUCAUACGAUUUUGCUUUUCACAUUUGCUUCCUGGCCAUACGGUAA